CCAUCUCACUCGUACAUACCGCAAUGUCGAAACCAAACCCCUUCCUGAACCUCUUCAGGCGGUACUACUCCCACCAGCCCGUCAGACCACCCACCAACACACGCACGCGCCCCUCCCUCCACCCACAAUGCCUCCGCGCCCGCUUCCGCACGCAAUUCCUCCUCCUCCGCCGCAACCUCGGCGGCGCGCCGAAUAGCAGCCAUACCCCCCUCGACCCCAGCUUCGUCUCGAUUCUCGACCGACCGGCCAAAAUGGCGCGCGUGGGAAAGCAACACGGCCCCGGGUUGAUCAUCCUCGCUAUCAUCCCGAUCACCGCCUUCGCGCUGGGAUGCUGGCAAGUCCAGCGGCUGGGGUGGAAAACCGAGCUCGUCGCGCGGUUUGAAGACCGCCUUACGUUCCCGCCGCUGGAGCUUCCGCUAAGAAUUGAUCCGGAUGCGAUUGCGGACUUUGACUACAGGCGGGUUUAUGCAAAGGGCAAACUGCGGCAUGACCAGGAGAUGCUGAUCGGGCCGCGGAUGCUCGAGGGCGAGGAGGGUUACACUGUUGUUACGCCUUUGGAGCGGGAAGACGCGCAGGGAAAUAAGAGUAAGAUAUUGUGCUGUCGAGGGUGGAUCAGGAAGGAUGCAGCGAAACACUGGUUCCGGAAGAAGAACGGUGCGCUGCCCGAGGGGGACGUUACUGUGGAGGGGUUGCUGAGGAUCCCGCCAAAGGGCAAUAUGUUUACGCCGAGGAAUAUUCCAGAGGAGGGAAAGUGGUUUUUCCCGAAUGUGGAGGAGAUGGCGAAGUGGAGUGGGAGUCAGGCGGUUUGGGUUGAGGAGACGAUGACGCCGGAUUUGCUCGAGAGCUACGCGCGUGAGCCCAAGGGUAUACCGGUUGGUCGCGCGCCCACGGUGAACCUGCGCAACAACCACACACAGUACAUCUUCACAUGGUACGCGCUGAGUUUCGCGACCUCAAUCAUGUUCUGGAUGGUCGUCAAGAAGCCCAUCUCCGGGCAAGCUAAGCGCGUGCGCCAUAGCGUCGACUGGUCAUAACCUCAUUAAACUGAUUCUUCCGUUCCCAUCACUCAUCAUCCCCAUCCUCUUCGGGGAUAGCCUCCAUCCGUUUCCUUUUUUGCCGCUUCAGCUUCGGCAGCGGCUGCAUGCGCAGCUGCUGGAGCAGCUCCCUGGGCAGCAGCUUCUGCGCGAGGAAGAAAUAUGUACUACUAUCUGUAACCUGGCGCGUCCUGUGCGGGCGUAAGCAACUGUAACUAUCGCCGUGUAGCAAGUAUCUGAAGGGAGGUUGUGUUGGAGCGUACUAUGCAACCCUUGCGGUGCAGCGAGACGUAGAACGAAAAAUUGUUUGUAGGAAUGUUGUUGGGACAUGCACAUACCUCUUGAGC